CUUCAGUUGUUCUUGUGGCUCGGGAGUGGGUAGACGUGCGGCUGGCCCGGGGUGUGAUAGUCGCGUUAGUUGGAAUCUGGUGUACAUUGUACAGUUACACAAGUUUCCAAGUGCUUGUUAAGUGUAGAGAUAUUAAAGUGUUUAAGGAAAAUUGUUAUCUUGGUGAGUGAGGCCUUUUAACGGUGAAUCUAUGCAAGGGAGACUAUGCAACAGCCACUGAGCUCUCUAGGUGGAUGUUCCUACUAUAAGGUACUGUCUUCCUCACCUCUACUGCCUCGUCGCGUUUAUGGCGUGCUCGUCUACACCCUUCACCUCAAGGGUCGAGUGUGAUGGCCGGUCCCGGGGCAUGUGAAAGUGUCGCGCUGCCCGUGGUGCUGGUGGCGCGGGUUGCCCCUAGCCUUGUACUACACGCCUCCACGCCCUUCCUCUACCACGCCAGCACCACGCCCACCUCGGGCGACACCGCCGGGGGCACCUCCACCCCCCUCCACACCUCCACUGUGAUACCCAACAUUCCCACCAAGUUUCACCCCAUCGUGUCCUCAACUGGUCAACACUGGAACGCCAGUAAAAGAUGUACUCGUGUGCUUGUAUCUCUUAAAAUAUUUGUAGCUGUAACGUUCAGCUUGUUAGAUAGCACUAAACUUUGUGGAUCUUUAACUGUAAACUAAUUAUAUAUUAAGUAGGAAAGUUCGCUAUAGUAUUAAGAAAGAAUUGUGUUGACUUGUUUUAAGAUUUAUGUGAGUAUGUCGUCAGGAGCAGUUGUGGGUGUGUGGCAGGCGGUGGGUGGACAGGGUGGGGAUGGUAAUGAAGGAUCUGGUUCUGAGGGCGGUGGUGGUGGUGUGUCUGGCGAUGGUGGUGGGGGAGAGCAAGAUGGAGAACCUCCUUUUCCCCGCGAAGAAUACUGCACACCGUCCCGUGCCUAUGACCGUACAGUACAACUUGAAAGUCUAGGAAGAGAGGCGUUGCCGGCCUCCUCUGCAAAUGAUGACAGUCACAAGCCGCUCGCCCAAUACCAGGGCAAUAUACCACAUAAUAUUUCAAAUGAAAGCGAGUGUCGUGUAAGGAUAUUUUCCUCAAGUGAGUGUAGUGCAGUAAAAUGUGAAUGCGAACAGUGUGUUUUGCGGACACAUCGUGAUGGGCACGCUGAAAAAAUCGGUAAUUGUGAGCAAAAUUGCGUUUCAUCGUAUGAAAGCAGCCCGUGCGAUACGAGCCCGACCAGUCCUGCAGAGAACUCGGUUGGUCCUAGAAAAAGCUUUGUUGACGGGAGCACACAGACGGGCCCUGCGUGUGAUGGAAACACCCGUCCACACGAGGGCGGGUGUGACGGCGGAAACAAAACGAGUGAUUGUGCGUUUGGGAGCCAGUCGACCCAAACCGAGCAAAUCACUAAGAGUCUGGACGCCGGUAGGACAGUCAUUUCAACAAAUUUACCAGAGAGGAGGCAAAAGUCGUGCAAUUCUGACUAUUCCUCAUUGUCUUCCUGUGACUCUAGCAGAUGUAGCAACUGCAGCACAAGAAGCGACUCUGGCAAUAGCCCCAGUAGUAACAUUAGUGAUAGCAGCAGCACUAAUGGCCGCUCUCAUAAAAGUGUAGGAACAAACUUCAAAAAGGUCUCAGCGUGUAGUAGUGACCUUAGUCCCAUUCCAUCAUGUGGAGGGGAAUCCACAGCCAACACUGGCCUCACUGUCAACAUUGGUCUGUCGACUGACAGCAGUACCAGAGAUACAGAAGGCCGCAGCCCCUGUACUCCAACCAGUGGAUGUCUUAAAGCUGGGACAAGAAUUCCAACUGGAGCUCACGUUCAGUUCGACACUCCCUAUGAGGAAGAAGACCCCCGCGUCGUGCACGACACACUAGUGACGGAAGAUGGUCAAGUGACUAUACACAAGUCCAAUGGCAGCUCUACACCAAAUCAAGGAGACCAGUUAUCACGUUUGUGGUCGAAACGUGUUCCAGACUCAUCGCCAUCCGAUGUUGCAUCCAACUUACCUGCACCGAAAAAAUGGCGUCGGAGACAAAUAUCGGGCUCGAGUAGCAUUAGUCUGGGCUCAAGCUCCAGUGACUCCAGCAACUCCCAAGGAACGGAAUUUGAGCGUCGAGCUCCUGACGGAGGCUGGGGAUGGGUGAUAGUGGCAGCGUCCUUCAUGGUCCACUGCAUUGCUGACGGUGUCACUAUGUCCUUCGGCGUCCUCUUCGUUGAACUUCUCAGUUACUUCCAAGAAAGCAAGUCCUUAACAUCAUGGGUGGGAAGCUUAUUCAUGGCAAUACCAUUGUUGGCUGGACCUCUCGCCUCUCUCCUGACUGACCGCUAUGGCUGUCAGACUGUAACAAUCUGUGGUGCUGUGAUUGCCUGUUUUGGAUUCUUUAUCAGUGCCUUUGUAAAUACUAUUCCCUUGCUGUUACUAACAGUAGGCAUUAUUACCGGUCUUGGCCUAGCAGUGUGCUAUGUUGCUGCCAUUGUUAUCGUGGCUUUCUACUUUGAGAAGAAGCGGUCACUAGCAACAGGGAUAGCAGUGGCCGGUAGUGGCAUUGGCACAUUUUUAUUCGCACCAUUAAUCCAAUAUCUGGUUGACUACUGGGGUUGGCGACUGUGUUUCAUAAUGUUGGCGGGUAUAUUCUUAAAUAUGGUUGUGUGCGGUGCCCUGAUGCGUGACUUGGAGUGGACCCCUCGUGACUCCUCCAGCCUCAGAGAUGCUAACACCACCACCAUCAGCAGCCGCCGCUGCUCUACUUCACAGUCGUCAGAGACGGUAGGUGGUCGUGGAGGCAGCGAAGGUACAGGGCUCCCGUCCCUGGAAGAGCUGCGACGGCUGGUGCAGUCUGGAGACGUGGCUGCACUGCUCUCCCCAGAUGAUGGCCCCAGCGAGACGCUCCGUGGGUCAGCAUCGCUGGUACUGUUACCAACCUUCCUCAGCCGUUCUCAGGCCUUGCCUCCCGACGUAAUUCCUUGUCUGUCGUCACGCACCAAUGCAUACGAGGUGGUCUCUCAUAUGUAUCCGCAUCUGCUCUCUCACUCUCUCUCCGGUCAUGUAAACCAAGUUGACCCGGUUCACAAGCAAUUAGAUAAGCAACAUGCAAACACUCCCAAUGAGAACAUAUCAACGUAUGCGUCAAGGCCGAUAAAUAUCAUAGGAUCAGCAGCAGGUCACAGCCAGGACGAAGUGGACGACACUCCACCCCUUCCCCCGAGCACAAGUGGACAACUGUACUCCGACACAGACUCUACCACGCCUGGAUCUGUAGGGGGCGAUCUUGCCCUCCAGAAUGGAAACACCAAAAAGAUUGACAUAAAGCUUGGGCUUUCUGCUGAUGAUGGAGACGAUGCCGAUAAUGAGGAAGAAACUGAGGAGCCCAAAGAGAUGACGGCUAUGCUGGGAUCAGUCCGAGGACGAAGUAUACGAAACAAUGCAGGACGGAGAAUUUCCACAGGGUGUAUGGGGGCUAGCUCCUCCCCGCCCCCGGCCGCACCCUUACGGAACAUGAGGGUCAACAGACAAUCAAUGACAUACCGAGGAGCGAUGCUGAACAUCCACCGCUAUCGGCUGAGGGCUUCAUCAUGCCCAGACAUUUAUCGAAAUUCCAUCAUCACAAUAGCUAAAUCACAAGAUGAGAGAGCCUGGACAUACUUGGAUGACAUGGGAGAAAUGAUGACAUCAUGUGUGGACAUCAGCUACUGCAUGGAGGCUUCUUAUCUAAUUUUUGCAUUGUCAAACUUCAUUUUAUAUGUUUUCUAUGACACCGUCUACAUGUAUUUAACUGAUUAUGCCCAGGGAGUUGGUGUCUCAGCUGAUGACAGUGCAAAUCUCAUUUCUGUCAUUGGAAUACUGAACUGCUUGGGAAUGGUAUUGAUGGGAUACGUUGGUGAUCGUUCAUGGUCGUCACCGAUGCUAAUAUACAAUGUGUCUAUGGUGAUCUGUGGAUUCAGUGUCAUCUUUAUGCCAUUCUUAACUAAUUACUGGUUGUUAGCUAUGGCUGCGGGUGUAUUUGGAUUAUUUAUAUCGGCAAACUAUGCCCUGACAUCGGUCAUCUUGGUUGAACUAGUAAGCCUAGAAGCAUUCAGUAAAACAUAUGGUCUGUUGCUGCUCAUACAAGGUCUUGCAAACCUUAUUGGACCUCCAGUUGUAGGAUAUAUUGCAGACACAACCGGUGAUUAUGUAGUGCCAUUUGUUGUAUCUGGGAUCUUCAUUGUUUGUUGUGGACUGAUUCUUAAUGCAAUACCUUUGAUACAGCAUUAUAAAAAUCGAUAUCCAUCUUCUACAUCCUCCCCAGUGGACACUCCAAAAGAUGGAUCUCCAAACUCAUCCCCAGUCCAUACUUGCAAGAAAACUUCUGGGCCUUCUCAAGUAUGAAUAUCCCGAGAAGAUGACCUGAAAUAUCUGUAGCUAUGAGACUGUGGGUAACAUAAUAUGAAUGAAGAAACAAAAUAGAGAUUUGAUUAUUUUCAAUAGUUCCAGUAAACAUUAGUGUGCCCUUUCAAAUAAGGUGAAGAUAACUUUCAAAUUAAUAUUCAGAAUUAUGUUGACCUAUUCAGUAUGUUACAGUAUACUAGCAUAUGCUGCGGUGCACCAGCAUGUAUGCUGCGGCGCACCAGCGUGCAUGCUGCGGUGCACCAGCGUGCAUGCUGCGGUGCACCAGCGUGUAUGCUGCGGUGCACCAGCGUGCAUGCUGCGGUGCACCAGCGUGUAUGCUGCGGCGCACCAGUGUGUAUGCUGCGGCGCACCAGCGUGUAUGCUGUGGCGCACCAGCGUGUAUGCUGUGGCGCACCAGCGUGUAUGCUGCGGCGCACCAGCGUGUAUGCUGCGGUGCACCAGCGUGUAUGCUGCGGCGCACCAGCGUGUAUGCUGCGGUGCACCAGCGUGUAUGCUGCGGCGCACCAGCGUGCAUGCUGCGGCGCACCAGCGUGCAUGCUGCGGCGCACCAGCGUGUAUGCUGCGGCGCACCAGCGUGUAUGCUGCGGCGCACCAGCGUGUAUGCUGCGGCGCACCAGCGUGUAUGCUGCGGCGCACCAGCGUGUAUGCUGCGGCGCAUCAGCGUGUAUGCUGCGGCGCACCAGCGUGUAUGCUGCGGCGCACCAGCGUGUAUGCUGCGGCGCACCAGCGUGUAUGCUGCGGCGCACCAGCGUGUAUGCUGCGGCGCACCAGCGUGUAUGCUGCGGCGCACCAGCGUGUAUGCUGCGGCGCACCAGCGUGUAUGCUGCGGCGCACCAGCGUGUAUGCUGCGGCGCACCAGCGUGUAUGCUGUGGCGCACCAGCGUGUAUGCUGCGGCGCACCAGCGUGUAUGCUGCGGCGCACCAGCGUGUAUGCUAUGGGAGAAGUCUCUAAUGAAAUCUUGCAACUUUUAUUACUGUGUCAACUGCAGGUGCUGUAUAUAUGUUUCUAUGCACUGUAUACAGAAUAUACCAUGUUAUAUUUGACAUACUAUAUGUGUAUACAGUAUAUAUAAAUGUAUGUACAGUAUGUGUAUAUGAAUGUGUAUACCUGUAUGUACAUAAAGAUAUAUGUAUAUAAAAUAUAUACCGUACUGUAUAAUGUGUGCAUUUGUAUAUUACGUAGAGAGUAUAAAACUUACAUAAAAUGUAACAGUACAGACUGAGCUACAUUGCAGGAAAAUAGAAAAUUUGCAAUAUUUUCACAUUCCUGAAAACUUUGAGGGAGUUUUGCUGUAAACACUAAUGCUAUGCGGCAGCUCAGCAUACCUGUGCCUAUUCUGAUGAUAAUUACAGCAAGAAGCAUGCCUUUAGCAUGUAUUCAGAGCAAGAGUUUAUCUCGUAAUUAUAGCGGGUGGUCGUCUUUUACAGCAGCUUCAUAUAUGGAUGUUUCUCUUGGAUCUGCUUAUUUUAAAGACUAUAUCUUAAGACAAUAUUGUACUCUUAUUUAAAAGACAAAUAUAAACCUCAUCAAAAGCACCAUUAAUGAAUAGCACAUCUUCCUAUUUAUAAUGUUACUUUCCAUGCUUUAGGUAAACUUAGUGCUAAAUAAGCCUGAUAAAUAUUGUUAAAUAAUUUAAGUAUGAAUAGUCACAACUAGAAAGGGUGUAGCAGUGAAAUUUGUGAACGGUACUAAAAUUGCAUCACUGAAUAACCAGCGGGUUAAGUAUUACCAAACACUUCUACCUGAAACCCUAGCAUAUAUAACCUUCUCUAAUAUAAACAAAAUUUCUAGUAUGCAGGCAAUGAGUCACAAUAACGUGGCUGAAGUAGUUUGACCAGACCACACACUAGGUGAAGGGACGACGACAUUUCGGUCCGUCUUGGACCAUUCUCGAGUCGAUUGAGACACUUGAGAAUGGUCCAGGACAGACCGAAACGUCGUCGUCCCUUCACCUUCUAGUGUGUGGUUUGGUCAAACAAAAUUUCUAGUAGUUACCCAAGUGUGUAAUUACCUAGUGAAACUACCUUAAUGCUGAUGUUUUAAAUUAAAAUUAAAAUGGUUUUUCAUUGUCAGUUUCAAGAAGCAUCUUUGAUUUGCCAAGGGUGAGGCUGCUUGCAAAGUCACCAUACCAGUUACUAGUCUCAAACAAUGGUAUUUAAUCAAAUGACUGCAUGACUUUCAUAUCAUUCACUGUGCCAUGUCAUUGGCACUAAUUUUUCCCAUUCGUAAUUUAUCUCAUUUUUUUCCAAUAUUUUAGCCCAAUUUAUGACAAUUUAAUCAACCAAAGUACUGUACAAGAGUAAGAUACAUGUAGUGCUUUAUAAAAGCUGCAGUUUAUAUGGAAAUCUGUAGGAACACAGAUAAACCAAAUAUUUAAUAAGUACCUGUAUAACAAAAAUUCUGCAGAUGUCAAAGAAAAUUAGCUUUGAAACUGGACGUCAUUGAAUUUUUUGGGAAAUUUACAUACAGAACCUCUUUUUAUGCGAGCAUACACACAUGCAAGAAGAGGGUGUACAAAUACGUGAAUAAUAUUUGCCAUAAAGAUUUGCUGUAUUGCAUGAUCUACAUACUACUGAUCGCUGAAUGCUUGCUUAAAUGAAAAAGCUGGGCAUUAGAUUUAUUCCUCAAUCAACGAUUGUAAUACCUGCUAGGUUUAUUGAGUCCGUUUUGAGUUUCGUGGGGCACAGUACAAUUUGAAUAGGUAACCAACCUUGUAUGUAUAGUGCAUGACCAGCCCUGGCAAGUACAAGGUUUAUACACUGAAAAUAGUACUGCAUAUGUUCCUACAAUGUGUUGAUGGAUGCAUUCCUGUAAGACCUUUCCGUACAAAACAACUACUUGUUAAACUUAAUUUUUAAAACAACUAUUAAAUGCUCCUGACACUUCCAAGCCACGAGUUCACUCCCAAGAUUACCAAAUAGAAGUGUCAUGAGGUCAGAUCAUGGAGACUUGAUCAAGACUUGAAAUAGAUGAUAUAGAAGAUGCACUAAAACCGCUUGGUUGUGUGAAUAUUUCACCCAAGCUCUUGUAUAAGCAACCCUACCCUCACCAAGUUUGAAUUUUGCAUUAAAAACAAAUUUUGCACAUCUGAAUUCGUAUCCAAAUUUUGUGCAAAAGGAUGGCUCACUAAACCAAAGUACAGUACAUACACAAUACCAUACAUUUGUCCCAAAAUGUAUGGUGCUUGGAUCAUAGAUGGAUAAACGUUUUCACUUUGUACAGUAUGAGAAUGCUGCACUUCAGAUAAUUUAUUUCUGUUGAAAAAUGACAAUCUUGCCAUUAUCAAACUUAUGAAUAUGAUGUAUCAUUUAUGUAAAGAAGAAAUUUAAGUUGAAGAAUCCUUCAAGUAAUACCGUACUUUCCUGCACCGAAAACUUCUAUAGACAAGUUGUUUUUAACACUAGUCUUGCUUUAUUAUGUCUUAUUGAAUAUCUACAUAAGAGAUGCAUCUUUAAAGACUGGAUGUAACAGAAACUUGAUGUUAGUAAACAAAAAAUGUCAAGUAAAUUAGUUAUAUAAGAGAUUGUGUUGUUACUGGAUAAUCUGACUAACUUGUUGACACGACAACAUUGCAGAAUGAAAGGUACUUGCCUUACUAAACUAAAUCGUGACUAAAUGAGACUGAUUACUUUCAGUCAUCAGGCUAUAACGACUAAUUUUAAAUUUCUAAUAAGCGUCAAUAUUUUACAUGGAAAUGUAACUAAUCAAGAUGUGGAAAGAUAAAAUGUCUGAACCCUCA